AACACCCUCAAGCAGAAACAGUGUCAGUAUGCAGAGACUUGACCUUGACCUUGGCUUUGUGUGUGUGUGCGUGUGUGUGUGUGUGUGUAGACUUAUAUACAUGCACGCACAGACAUGGGCUGCAUAAUGACAUUUCGGUCAACUUCAGACGGCACAUAUGAUGGUGGUACCAUAAGAAUACAUUUGAGCUGAAAACUUCCUGUUGCCUGGUGAUGUUUGCUGCCAUCACGUCUCAGAUCAACGUGCCGAUCAAGUCCGUUGUGUGCUAGUUGUGAUUCUGGUGUGAAAGCCCUUCCAUGUGCUUUGAUUACUCUGGUCCGCUUUGCUCUCAUCUGGCACGCUUCACAGGUUCAGUUUGGUACUACUAUUAAAAAUUGGAGUGGCAACAAUGAUCCUCUCUGCAGUGUAACCACUACCCCUUGGUGGACAGCCCAUCAGUAUGAGUGGCUAGUGUGACUGUGGCUUGACAUGGCUACUGCACUGUAAGUUCAUGAGGUCCAACCUGGCUGUGAAAUACUAUGCAGGUUGUGUGUGCAGAUCACUGAUGAGACUUUUUCAAUCUGUGACUGAGAGGGUUGUAAGAAUUCUUUUGGUAUUAUCUGUGUCCUUCAUUUAUCCACAAGGGUCUUGGCUGAACUAAUGCAGUUAGCUGAGGGUAUGUUACAUUGCUUUCUCUAUUUUAUUGCCAUUAUAAUGCUAUAUCACCUCACAAGAAGGCAUCAAAUAAGUCACAACCACUGCAAUUUAUGUUUGAUUAAUUAUAUAGGAUUAAUUUCUGUUCUGUUCUGUUCUGUGGAGCGCCGACGUGAGUUUUGACAAGGGAUGCUUGCAGCCUAUGUCGAUCUCAAGAAGGUGUUUGAUUCAGUGCAUCGUGAGGUACUCUGGGAUCUUUUGCAACUCCGUGGGAUUCCUGCGAGGACUAUUGGUCUGCUGACUGGCCAGUAUUCUGGGACAGAGAGUGCUGUGAAGUGUGGGGGGGACUUGUCCAGCUUCUUUCCCGUGAAUGCGGGAGUGAGGCAGGGCUGUGUCCUUGCCCCAUCACUUUUCAACACUUGUAUGGACUGGGUACUGGGCAGAGUUGUGGAGCAGAGUCAUUGCGGAGCGUCCAUUGGCAAUACCAGGGUCACUGACCUUGUUUUUGCUGAUGAUGCAGUAAUCCUGGCAGAGUCGCUGGAGGUUUUGGUGAUGGCUCUCGAGGCACUGCACAAGGAGGCGAAGCCCUUGGGACUUCAGGUCUCCUGGGCCCAGACCAAGUUGCCCUGACUCCGAGCUACCCGUACAACCAUGGCAACCUCCACUACUACCAGUACCCACAAAUGGUUGGUAAUGUGGCCGGGUGUGCGCCAGACGGGAAGGGUUCUAACUCCGAGGGGUCCAGCAGCGAGGACGGCCCACACAACGGGUUGGUUCAGAACGGACCCCCGACAUCCAUCUCUCCCCUCAGCUCCCCUCAGUCUUCUCCCUACGUCUCUCCCCAGCAGUCACUCAGUCCUAGUCGCGCAUCCUCCCCCAUGUCCCGCCCUACCACCACAACCACCACCACCACCACCACAACGGCGGCAAGCUUCCCCUUGACUGUCACCGCCUCAACCACAGUGCCCACCAACCCUGGACUGGGCACGUCUCACUCAAGCCCCCAAUCCGGUCACAAGUCCCCUGUCCGUGUCACCCCUUCAACCGGGCCCCACACAGGCACUCACGCUGGGGCUGCGCAUAGGGGAAAGCCGCCAUCCUCGGGUGUUAAGCCCCACAGACAAUCAGACCGCUCGGCUUCCCGGUCUAGAUUACCAACUGGUUCAUCUGGGGACAGUGAACCAGCCCUUGGAGCCCAGACCCCACAGAACAGCCCUACCUCCAUACGUGGGACAACUCAGACGUCACAUGCAGCAGCUAACAACGGCAGCCACACCAAGGGCAGCAUCUCUCGGUGGUCAGGAAGUCACCCGACACCCAAUACUCUAUCCCCCUCCACCCCCUCUUCUUCCGCCUCCACUGUAUCCACAUCUGCAGCUCCCACGGUUUCCAAUACCAAAAGUAACGUAAAACAGUGUAAUCAGAGUCCUUGUCCCCCGCCAAACACAGCUACACCUUGCAGGAACUCCGUGGCAGCACUUUCUCCCAUCAACAAGGCAGCUAUUGUUAGUAACUUAGGGAGCACUGUUACCACCUCCACUACUUCUGCCACUGUCUCCACCACUAUAGCCACCCCAACAACCACCACCACUGCAGCUGCCACCACCCCCACCUCUACCACCGCCACCACCACUGCAGCUGCCUCUACCACAGUCUCCACCACCACCAGAAACACAUCGCCGCCUGUUGUCGUCCAUGGAGUGAGCCAAGACAAAAACACCCACACCAUUAGCGCUAAUUCCAGUGUCCGACCACUGUCGUCCAUCGUUGGUUCCAAUUCUAUAAACCCAUCCACUUUGGAAAAAUGUCCAGUUAAUAAUAAUAACUGCUUAAAUCAAGAGUACAUAAAGCAUGAGAGACUAAACAAGUAUUACCAGCAGUUAGCAAGCCUCCCAGUUGAUAAGCUAAAAAGGAUGACAGACCGAGAAAUCCUAGAGUUGGGGCUUACUCGGGGUGCUCUGUCCAAGCUGCGACGUGUCUUGGCUACCAUAGAGAGCUCCUGCAACCACAUCCCCAACGGCUUCACUAACCACUCAGUCAUCAUGCCCCACCAGUGCUCCUCACCUCAUGGGUCUUUCAGCCCAUCCCACGCCCCCUCAAACAAUCAUCCUGUCCCCUCAACCACUGCUCACUCUCUCAAUACUUCUCAAAAUUGCUCACAGGGCCAACAGCUCAGUACAACUUCACACCAAGGCAAGACUGGAGGUGCCAUCAUAUCGGAAACUUCUCAAAACGCAUCCCAAAAAGCUAGAAGUUCACCCAGUAUCCUCAUUAGUAAGGAGUCUGGUGGUACACAAACUGGUACUAAUAACUUACCAACUGGGUCUCUGGCUUUAAUGCAAGGGACUCAGUCUAGCUUAGUCUCAACCACUUCUGUUUCUAAUAAUGCUCCCACGAUCACCACAACCAUAACCAACCUCCCAACCACUACAACCAUCCCCAUCCCAGCCUCAACCAGUUCCACCACCUCCGCCAUAAUAACAAACAGCACCGUGGUUACAUCCCUUGCUGUCGUAAUCACUUCCACAGCCUCUGCCAACAUUGCCUCCACUGUGAACCCAACACAGUGCCAUUCUUUCACCAUCUCAUCCAGUCAGAAGGCCCCGACAGUUUCCACACAGCAACCGCCCCCACCUCCACCACCCGUUUCCUCUGUAAGUGUUGUUGAGAGCACUUCGCCACCCAGUACCACAGUCAGCAGUCAUGGGCCACACUCUGUCUCUGUCUCUGUUGCCUCUCAAACUAGGCCUGUUGUGCUCCCCUCCGUGGCGGCACCUCAAGCUCCAAUCUACCAUUACAUUAACACCCCCCCUCCACCCUAUGCCAUCAAGACCACCCCUCCCCCACCCACCACCGGCCUUCCUCAGCACCCCAUAAGUUCGCAGCCGCCGCCAAGCCAACACAGAACGUCACCCCCUUCACUGUGUGUCCCUCCGCGCACCCCCUCACAGGAGCCAUCCACUCCUAGCACCAGCUCUGGCAUUGCUAUUAAUAAUGGGAGUCAGCAGGUGUAUUACAGCAGCAGUGGUCCGGGUGGGAAGAGCUUGCCCAUUGUUAGCAGCACCAUAAACGCUGCACCUUCGUCCAUGAACGUGGCAGCAGGCUACACUGCUCCCCCGACAGCCAACCCUCCCCACUCCUCGGCCGGAGGGAGUGUGGCAGUGCCGGUGUACACCUCUGCCGGGAACAUGCCAGUGUAUACCUCCUCCAGCAGCAUUGGUGUUCCUCCUCCCCCUAGCAAUGGAGGGCUGGUCCCCAUGGUGCCCCACGGAGGUCACUACCCGACAUACCUGUACUCAGUGCUUGGGGCGCCCGGGGGCUCCCAUGCCUAUGGUCCCCCAGGGCCGUACGGUGUCCAGCAGCCCCACAGGUCUUACUACAUCUCCCAUGUUCCACAAAUGGGGCCCAUGGCUCACCUCAAGAGUGCGCCGCCUCCCCACGGCGUCCCAGUGUCCUCCGUCACCAGCAGUAGAGGAGGGAGCAGCAGCAGCAGUAGCAGCAGCAGUAGCAGCAGUAGUGGCAGUGCCCGUGUGAACAAGGGAAUGUUUCGGGGGCAGAGUCAAGUGAAGGUUUCCCCGCGGUCUUCUGACUCUUCUCCCUCCUCGUCUCAGUACUCCUCUCCCCCCCAGACCCCCAGCCCUGACCACACCCGGGACAACCUUCCAGAUAAGAGAGGCAAGGCUCACGGCGAUGGAGCGGAGAUGUGCGAGGCCGGAGAGCCCUUGGGGAUGCUCGGGUCUGGAGCGAGUGAGGAAGGCACUCCACCUCCCUUCCACCCUCCUCCUCCCCCGGUCCUGUUCCCACCGCAGGCCAACCUCCCCCGCCACCGUGGCAUCCCCUACCACCAGCUGAGCUACUUUGGCUACCAUCACGGGGGGGGAAUGAGGUACCCAGGGCCCCCCUUACCCAACCAAGGACCAGUAAUACCCCCCAGGAACCCUCUACCACUAAACAAUGAUAAGUCCAGCAGAGAAACCACGCCACCGGCCCCCGGAGCGCUGCCUCUGGCACCGCCCGACCCACACUGCUGCGUGAGGUCCCCGGAAGGCAUGUCGGUCCCCUGCUCUCUGCCGGGAAACAAUCAUGGGCGUAAUGGCGGCUCGCCCCACACGACUGCUUCCCACACAGACGGUCCCCAGCCCCCGGUGUCCCAUGCGCCCGUCCCCAGUGUGGCCUCGGCCCCCACGGUCCAGGUCCCGCCCGGCAACCCCUGCGCAAGUUACCACAUGGUUCCAGUGUUUCCUUCUUUUGGAUUCGUGCCAACACACAGUUCUCUCACUAAUGGCUUUGUCUCGCCUCCCAUGCCACCCAAUUUUCCAUUCCCUAAUAUGGGUAGCGGAAUAAAUCCCGAUUUUGUUUACAGUAGCCAGUAUUCUAUUUUGGGGGGUACCACUCAGGGUGGGGGUGGCCCAAGCUCUGCAUGUGGCACACCAGCUGGCAUUGGAACGCCCACACCCGGCCUGGGGCUGGCAGCCGGCAUGCCCUACACUCACUACCCCCACAACCUGCCCCCGACCCCUAAUCCGUCCGCUGGUGCCAAGAAAUCAUGUUACAACUGUGGGCAGGUUGGGCAUCAUGGUGCUGAGUGUAAGGAGGCAAACAUUGAAGAGAUGUGCAACUUACCAAAGGCUGCCAGGUCUUGAGUACAAAAAUUAUGUGGUGCAAUAAAGUAUAUAUCCAAUCCCAGCAGCAGGUAGGGACCGCUAGUGAGGGGAAGGUGAACUCGGAGGCUGCUGCUUGUGAGUUAGUAAUCAAUAAUUGUUUACAAAUGUGAAAGUAUUUAUAUUGUGGCCUAUUAUUUGAGCUUUUAUCAGUAGCUGAAAUUCCAUACCGUAUGAGAGUUUCCUAGCAAAGAUUGAGGAAGCGUUAAAUUGAUCAUUCGUCACGGUGAGCAGUUGACUUUUUACAUCUCGUUGUUUUAUGGGAUUUAUUUUUAAACACGGAAAUACUCCUUUUCCUGCUGAUGUUUCUCCUUAGGUGUUUUAAGAAAGUGUUCAGCAUUUCUUAAAAUGACUCAUAACUUGUGAUAAGUUGAAGUAGAACUAUGAGUAUUGAAGAGGCCAAAGAAGAAUUUGUGAUAAGGCCAGUGAGUCUUCAGUUUAGCAGAGGCUUAGUAUUUUUCUGGAUGGUGCUACCGGAAGUCAAAGAGUUGCUGCUGCUACCAAAGCCUGAAGCCGACGGGAGAGCUGGCAGUGAGUGUCUUAGCAGCUGAAAAUGUCAUUAUUAAUCAUAUAAAUGCAUUUGGUCAUGUGAUAUAGAUUACAGUCAUCCUUCAGGGCUUUACAAUGAAUAUAGUUACCAUUAGAUAUAUUUUUCUGCCUAUGUAAAAUGUUGCAGGACACUGAUAUUCCUUACACCUCCACCUGUGCAUUCCAGUGUUGGUUACUGUACUUCAUGCUCUGGGCGUCUCCCUUACACCGUCAUGCAAUCACUGCAAUAAAAAAGAGUUGAUAUGUGACAAAAACAAAGCAGAAUUAUAAUAUCAAUGAUGUGCAGCUUACUUGUCUGACAGUUGCUUGUGGUAGUUUUAAAAUUUCAAAGCUUAAAGAUGGAAACUUUAAGUAACCGAAUGAAAUAUUUUAAUUAGCUGCUCGGAAUCUGUCAUUUACACAGUUAUGCUAUUUUGCACAUGUGGCUGCAGCAGACAUAGCCACCAGCUGUUGUGAGGGUCAGUCCGCCAUAAUACUUCACGCUGGAGCGCUUGGAGGGCGGGGACGCAUGCAUGAACAUGUCUGGCUCCGUCUGAACAUGUCUGGCCCCGCUGCACCUCCCAUGUCUUCUAUGAAACAGGGUCCAGAUGAUUGAGAGCUCAUAUUACCUGAUGCAAGUGUUGUAUGAGGCCAUAAUAUUUUCUAAGUCACUUAUUACCCAGUCAUAUUUAUAUUUUAUUUUGAUAUGGUGCUCCUUUUUCCUCCUUUGUUAAGUCAUUGAUGCUUAAGAGUAUUGUUAAGGUUUUAUAGUUUAUUGAAAGGAAGGCUCCUGUAGAGUUCUUAUGCCUUACAGUCACUUAGUACGGUGCCAACAUUUGUUUUAUUUUUUCUGCCAAAAGUAUUGAGAUAAUUUUGUUCUUUAUUUUGGUAUUAUUUUGAGAAGAUCGGAUAUUUGCUUAAACUCUGCAUAUUCUGUAAGGAAUGUGAUAACUGAAAAUUUUAAGGAAGUUGAAAUUGUAUCAAAUACAUCACAAGAUAUUAUUGACUUAAGAAUAUUAGUUGUAUGUAAAAAAACAACAAAAAAAAAGUAUGAUGAUGGCAUAGUGUGCAGUAAUUGCCUAGCGCGGGUCUCCUGACGCUAGUUUAGUUUUAUUGAUAUUCAGUGAUAUAGUGAUAUAUACUAGAGUAUAUUAUCUACUAUCUUCCUUAGUUUAUCACCUAGAGUGAGUCGUAACGCGAAGGAGUCUUUGUGCCAGGCUUGGCUAGCUGGGCGCGUCACUCUCCGUGCUAGGAACAGAUCUUCAGUUUUCACUCAGACGAUGGAUCUGUGAAUGCAGCCUUCAAAGUGCAAAUCCAUUUCUUGUGUGUUCUAACAAGCCUUUCAGUAAAAUUUGGUCAAAUACUAAUUUUAUAGAAAAAAAGAAAAAAAAAUUACCUUGUUCACCGACUUGAGAUUCAAAGUUGCCUCAGCUUUCUGCCGGGUUACUUAGGUUUAGUUGUGUCCUCGGUGGCUGAGCUAAACUUGACAUUUCUGCCUGUAUCACUGUAGCAGUCAUUUUGUUGUUAUAUUGAUAUAUAUUUUUUUUCUUAUGUUGCUUCAAUCAUAUAUUUCCUCAGUAGAUCAUAAUUUGCAUAUUCUUCUGUAGUUUGUGUUCACUUAGUCUGGUUUGAAAUUAAUAUUGUUAAAGUUUGUUUGUAAAUUCCAUUAUAUUUGUUUGAAUAUGUUUUGUUAUAUGGUCCGAUCACCAAUUUUGCAAUUUUCAUCCAAGCAACUCCCAGAUAAAAUGGGAGAAAUGUGACACCCACAAGAUUUGUGGAGUAUUUCUAAAAUUUUCAUGCAAUUUUAGGUUCAGGUUUGUAGAGCAAGUAACAGAACAGGGAGACAAAGUGGGCACCUGAAGGCAGCAGCACUGCCAGUGCCAGCUUACUGGCUUUUGUGGAGCAUGUGCAACCUCAGGAAUUGGCACUGUAAACUCAGCUUGAAGUUUCUUGCAAAAUUUCUAUGAGAUUAAUGCCAGAAUGUUAUCUGUUUUUUAUUGGAGGAAGAACUAAAAGAUAAGAGGAUGUUCCUGAAGGAACUUGACACCACAUUUGUGUUUUGGGUGACAGCAGCUCUGUGUCAGCACCAAAAGGAUAAUUAUUAUUAAAUUUCCCUUUGUGGUGGCAGGAAGUGCAUUGUACUCAUGAUAUCACGUGAUUGUAGUCAGUAAUUGCUACCCCACUAUUAGAACAUCCCAAGGAUGUGGUUGAAAACUGUCAGUCUAGUGUGGACUUAAGAGACUGAAUUCCUGAGUCGAGGAAGGAGGAAGAAACAUGACCUAAGCAUGUCAUGGACUGAGAGAUGAUCCAAGGCUGUGGAACUCAUCAGCUCCACUGGUCUGCAUGGCCAUGAUAUACGUAUAUUCUCUCGCACACUCACGCAGCACAUAAAGAAGCAAGGAGGCUGUGGAGGAUCUGAAAGGCCAGUCUUUCUGGCUCACUCAAUUAUUUGGCCAUUGGUUUCCAAAUCCAGUAUGGAUCUGUGAAGGAACUGAGAUAAUUUUUUGAUUGCUGUUACAGCUCUGACUCUUAUGCUAAGUGCUAAUUAUCUUUACUUGUCUUUGCAAUGAUUUCUUUAGCUACAAUAGAGUGAAAAUGGUGAUCGGACUGCUUAUAAAGAGGUUUUAUGAGAAGUAUCGACUUGACAAAAUAAUUAACGAGUGUUUCGCACGUGCAGCUUUCACCAACUUCAGUGGGCAGCAACCUCUGAAAUAAGCCGGGUAGCUCCACCUUACUGUGCCGCUGGAGAAUCUUGCCGUUUCUCAACAGUGUGUAUCAUGUGAGUAAAACUUCUUUGUGAGUUGGCCGCGUGUCCACCGGUGACCACUUCCGGCAAUCAUUGCCUGUUGGUGUGGAGACUUACUGGAUCAGGAAUCUUACCUUUCCCCUAAAAGAUAUUAAGUCGUAAGGAUAGGCGCUAGAAGUCGUACAAUGUGGAUAUAAGUAAUCCUAGGUUUUAUUAAAAUGAAAGAUAACAUUCUGCCCUCUCAAGUUUUUGUUGUGUACACACCCUGAGUUUUCCUGAAUGCUGCUUGAAUGUGGGGUCCAAUCAAGACAAUUUUCACCAUUGAUAUUCUCUGGUUUUGACUUCUGUCAAUAUAUAUUACAUAUCAAAGGGUCCGUAAGAGACCGUAAGUGUCCCUAAACUAUAGCAAUUGUGCCGAUAUGAAAAGCACGGGAAGAAGGUUACCAAUCAUGAAGGGAAAAUUGCCACAUGCAUUUGGCUGUAUGUAAGGUGCCUGCCUCCAAGUGGCUGCUGCCCAUGACUUCCCAAAUAUCAAACACCUGACUCCUUUGUAGAUAAGUGCUGUGUGUCGUGGCAGCAGAGGCACGUAACUUAAUUUUUAAUCUCGGUUCAUUGAGGAAAGUUAAUUCAUAAAAGCAGCAUAUCUUCACUUGUAGUUUAAUAGAAAUUGCAUUUCAUUUAUAGCGAUAAUUUGCCAGACUAAAUUUGAAGCAUUUGGGUGUAUACAUUGAGUUGAUAAUUCUGAAUACUAAAGUGCUGUAACAUUUUCAAAAAAUAUAUAUAUACAGUAUAUUAGUCUAGGUAGCCUGAUGAUUGUGAUAAGAGAGAUAUCACAUGUAUUCCAUGUACUAUUUUAGUAUGAGUCGUGUGAGGUGAGAAGUGUAACUUGUUGAAAACAUGGCCGGCGCUGGGUUACUUAGGUUGAAGCACACAAGCCUUGUUAAGUUUGGCUUGAUAUAGAGAAAAAGGACUCCCUUUAAAUAUCUCUGCUUCUUAAAGCAAACAUUUCUAGUAGGAAAAUGUACCUUUAAAGUAACAAAAUUAUAAAUUUUUAUUUAAUAAUCAUACUUGUGUAUGACAUCAGGGGUGAAAGUAAAAUUAGAUUCUUGCAGCUACUGUGUCUUCAAAAGCGUACCCCUGCGUACCGGCUGUAGACGGCUGUAUAUCUCUUCCUGGUACAGCGUACCCUGUGCACGCGACACUGGCCGCCACUCGUCUCGUCCAGAACCCGUGAGAAACUGAGAACGUGAGCCACUCAGGCAGUGCUGUCAACUCUGACAGACAAAAAUGUGCAAGAUUGGGUAUCCAAAUCCGCUAGAAAUUCACCAAAUAUAAUGAGAUACUUUGUAAUACGAGCGUUUCAUGUUUACAAACAAAUCCUAUCGCCUGGUAGGUAGCCAGGGGUGAAAGUUGUCUUCAGAAGCGUACCCCUGCGUACUGGCUGUAGACGGCUGUAUAUCUCUUACCGGUACGGCGUACCACUGCGUACCGGCUUACUUUCACCCCUGUAUGACAUUGAAACAGUGUGCUCUCCCAUGUCAUGUGGGAAGGAUGCAUCAUGAGGUUGAGCAGUGUCAUUGAUACAGAACCUCCUUACAAACUAUAUAACACACACACACACUGCUUGAUAAGUUAGAGUAUGAUUAUAUGACUUUGUAAUCCAUUGAAAAGUUUUCCCUCUAUUGGAGUAGUGUUCAUUCUCUGCAGCACAGUUCAUCACUGACCUGAUUUAUACGGCCUUCAUGGUAAUGGAAAUUGGCGCAAAAGACCACAAAUUAUGCACUCAUGCUUUAUAUAUAUAUAUAUAUAUAUAUAUAUAUAUAUAUAUAUAUAUAUAUAUAUAUAUAUAUAUAUAUAUAUAUAUAUCACACACACACACACACACACACACACACAUGUAUGCAGCACAUUCAUGUGUGUGACGCAGCAGCAGCAGCAGCAGGCAGGUGCAGCACGGCAGCUGAUCUCUACAGUAAAUAAAGUUAGCACAUGUCUUUGCCUUACUCUAGGGUUACUGAUAUUUUCGUGUUAAUACAAAAUAUGGACAAUUGAAUAAUGUAGACCUUUAAAACACUUCAUGCAGCUCUGUUAACAGUUCAGUGAAACUGACAGAAGACUUUAUAAAAUUAGGAUUUCUUCUUUUCUGGUGUGUGUAAAAGUUGUACAGUUGUGCGCCUACAAGUCUGUGUUCUUGGUCGUGUCACCCGUUGUCUGAGGCUGACCCGCAGGUGAAACCUGGCUCGGUGAGGAAGCAGAAUACACUUGUUAUUAGAAGUAAUGAUAAUUACUAUUUUUUAUGUCUUUCUGGAGCCGAGGAAAUGCUUCAUAAAGAAUUGGGUGUCUCCCAUUUAUGCAACUCAAAUUAUGGUUGUUAUUAAUCACUUGCAGUCUAUAUAUAUAUAUAUAUAUAUAUAUAUAUAUAUAUAUAUAUAUAUAUAUAUAUAUAUAUAUAUAUAUAUAUAUAUAUAUAUAUAUAUAUAUAUAUAUAUAUAUAUAUAUAUAUAACUGCAACAAUUAAAAAAAACUUCUUUAUCAAUGUGCAGUUAUUUGAGUCAUAUUUUAGGGAAGAGUUAUUUUACAGAAUGGCUUGUGUGUAUUUUGUACUUCAAAUACAUGUAUGUGCUCAAGUUUUUUUUAUGGUAAUGGUUCUUACCCUCCGGUGUGGUCCUUGAGGAAGGCAGAACACGCUGUGGCCGGGUCACUCAGCAGCACCUUCAUCCAUCAUUACCAUGUGUGUAUAAGUCCCGGGAGAGUCCUAAAAGAUGAUGGAAGAAUUAUAUUUAAGGAAAAUGUGGAAUGCUCAUACUCAUCACAUGGAAAUGUAUGUAAUCCAUUGUUUAUAUAUGAAUGAAAAUCUUUAUCAUAAUAUGUAAACAUGGUCUUUUCAUCUGCUCUGAAGAUACUUUUAAGGUCAUAAUGAACACAUACGUACAAAACCGUGUUGGCUCAGAUGCCCACUCAACAAGGUGGUGAACAUGUUAUAGCUUAGCGCCGACAGAAGUAUCCUGCUUACCUCCAUGACCUGUCUACAGAACAUGACCCAGACCUCAUCCUUGUCCACUCCAGCGCACUCCGGGACGGCUGACAGAUGAAACUUGCUGAAAGUGUUUUGAUUGUUUGGUCAAUGAGAUCAUGAACAGCUACACCCCAUUACCAGGAAAUAGUUGAUGAAGAAGAAAUAGCUGAAAUACAGUGUCUCUUGAGUUGUAAUAUAUUGCUCUUCUGCCCCCCAAGGUAGUAGAGUUAAUUUACAUGUCAUUACCAGUGUUCGAAUAGAGUUAAUAAUUUCCGUAUUACAAGUACUAAUGUGAAUUUCAGGAAGAUGCAACAGAACGUAAAGAAAGGUCUUGUUUUAUAGUAUUUUCUGACCGCCUUGAACACAAACAAACUAAGUACUCAAAACUAAAAUAAACCGUAAAAUAUUCAUAUGCAGUUAUUGGUAAAGACGUGAAUGUCAUAGGCCUAUCAUUUUUCUCAUCCACCAUCUUGAGGAUUAGUGUGCCUGAGAAUAUUUUGUUAUGGUAUUAAAGAAGGCUUAGUGUUGCGUGUUCAUCCAUUCACAGGCUGGAAAAAAGUUAUAAUUCAACGACCUCUAUUAUACAUUGUACUUCAUAUUUCAUGCCAGCUUUUUCACCAUCAUACAAGGCAAAGCUAGACCUAUCCGACUGGGACCUAAUUAGUGGUUACAAUGUGUUAGGUGGGUUGUACAUGACAAUUGUAACGUUUUGUAUUAGUUAUAGAGGUUACGCCAUGGUUGGUUGUUAAGGAAAUUCCGCGUAAUCCUCCUCCUCUUCCUUGUCGUCCUCCGGUAGCGAUUGCGGUGGAGGGCGAACGUUUGGACUAAAGCUUGUUUUCUUUAACGUAUCGGCACCUCAGUUCACCUGUUUGAAAAGCCUCUCUUAGAAGUUGCUGGGGUUUUCAUUGAUUGUUUGGUGAUCCCAGUGAUAGUUGUACACGCCACCAUGAACGCAAAAGUCACCCGUGAAAACCCGGUUAAUCUUCUCUGCGGCCUUGGGAAAUAGCCGAGAUGGGAACCUGGUACGUUUAAGAAUAUGGACUUAAGUGAUAGCCUGGUCUUGUUUUGUUUCCUCUUCCUCACAUAGACGUCCUGUAAUCAAAGAGUCAGGAGCUCACUAAAUCUUGCAAGCAGGUGGGCAACUUGCUUAGUCAUAACUAGUCAUUUAGUGAAGAAUAGUCAGUGAAAUGGUUGUAACAGUCUCAUGGAAAUACUUUUUUCUUUAUGUAAAGCCAUUUUUCUUUCUAUUUCUCUUUCAUUAGUUCAACACUUAAGUAUAAUUUCAUAGCCAUAUAUCAACUACUGUAUUCAUGUAUAAAAUUCUUGUUAGAUGGAAGAACUGUGUACUUAUGUGAAAAUAUCGUGUAAGUCAACUACUGAGUUUCGCUGCAAAUUCAGUGUUAAAUCUUAAAUAUUGACAAAGGUGAGUGGGCAUCAUUUAAAACUGUACAAGACCAAAUUUUUGAUGUAUUUGAUUUGUUUUGAAGCAAGAAAGAAUCAUCACCAGCACCCUUACACUGUAUAAUGCAACACCCCGAGUUGUCCUGAUGAGGGUAGAGGCCUGACAAGCUCUACUCGAGUGGCAUGACUUGCAUUGCUGAUGUUCCUGGGCUGACCUGUGGUGCAUAUGUCUUCUGUUUUGGAAGGUUGGUGUGUUUUGUACAUUUGUAUAUAUAUAAAAACUGUUGCUAUGUUUUCUUGUCAAUAUGAAAGUCACAAAGUUUGAGGUAUAUUUCUAGUAGAAAAUUUAUUGUAAAUAUUUUAUGCAAAUCUGCGUUGUCUUCAGUCAUGACUAUUGGUAAGAAAAUAAAGGUGUUAUAAGACA